UUAGUGAUUUUAGUGAAUGUCACUGUUUGUCAUUUUCAAAUUUCCUGCCGUUCCAUCCCCGUACGUCCUGACGCUCGCAGGGGACGGAACCCAGAUGACAGAUGCCGGCAUCCGCCGGAUUACAUUGCCGGGGACACUGCAGGGGGGCAUCGCGGGAACGCAGGACAAGGUAAGUGAUCGAGAGAUCGCGGAGCAACGCCGCAUGGUAUUCCCGAGUGUAGCUCGGGGUUACCGCUUGUGGUGCUGAAACUUAACCCCGAGCUACACUCGGGAAUACCGCCAGGGAGGUUAAAGAAUACCGCCAGGGAGGUUACAGUACAGCAAUGUUACUGAGAACUGUUGUACCCGAGUUGCCUGUGUUAUCAAUACUGAUUCCAAAUUGUUUUGGGACUGUUAAGUAACCACCUUGCCGCUG